AGCAAAGACGUGGGAGAAGAAGAAAACAAGAACAACCCAAAAUUAAAAAGCAAAGAAUCGCUUCUGAUCCUUCGUAGUUUGUUCGAAACUACUAGAUGGAGUGGAAGAGAGGGAAAUCAAUUGGUCGGGGGAGCUUUAGUUCUGUGGAUUUGGCGAUUCCAGCGGGAGAUUGCAGUCUGGUUGAUCUGCCUCAAUUAAUGGCGGUAAAAUCAGCUGCAAUUUCCGAGUGUUCUUCACUUCAGAGGGAGAGAGAGAUUCUAUCCCAUCUCAGAGAUUGUCCCCAAAUCGUCCGUUGUCUCGGAGAUGAUCACACAGUCGAAAACGGUCAGCAAUUUUACAAUGUGUUCUUGGAGUACGCCUCCAGAGGUACUCUGGCUAGCCUGGUCAAGAAAUCAGGUGGAGCUUUGCUUGAAUCAGAUGUGAGGCGUUACACGAGGUGGAUUCUCAUGGGACUUCGUUGCAUUCACGAGAAGGGUUUCGUCCACUGCGACAUCAAGCUUCAGAACAUCCUCGUCUGCUCUGCUCCUGACGGGACCGAUGAUGUUAAGAUCGCUGAUUUCGGAUUGGCGAAGAGGGCGGGAGCAGUGGAGAAGCUGAAUUUGAGAGGCACACCUCUAUACAUGUCACCUGAAUCCAUUGCCAGCAACGAGCACGAGGCGCCGGGUGAUUUGUGGUCACUUGGGUGCGCCGUGGCGGAGAUGGUGAUUGGAAGGCCGGCAUGGAAGUGUAAAGCAGACACCGACGUCAGCGCUCUCUUGUUUCGGAUUGGGUUCGGAGAGGAAUUGCCGGAGAUUCCUGAGGAGAUGUCGGAACAGGGGAAAGACUUCUUGCAGAGAUGUUUCGUGAGAGAUCCAUCAAAGAGAUGGACAGCUGAGAUGCUAUUGAAUCAUCCCUUUGUAACUGAUAACACUGUUUCAUGGCCUCAAGCUGAUAAACCAUCUUCUUCUCGAUCACCUAGAAGUGCUUUCGAGUUUCCCGAGUGGAGGAGCUCCACACAAUCGUCCCUUUCCAAUUCAAUCUCUACUUCAUCGUCACCGGAUUCUUGUACUUGUGAUCAUGAAAAUUCUGGUCGACCCGAUUCCUAUUCGUCUUCAUCGUCUUCUCCGGUAGAUCGAAUUCGGAAGUUCGUGACGCAGAAACGUCCGAACUGGGGAUCUUCAGAUAGUUGGACCAUUGUACGGCGAGGCCAAGCAGAAGCAGAAUCGUUCUCCCCUGUUUUUUCAUAGCAGACUUCUGAGGGGGGUGGA